AUGACUGACAAGGGUGAGCCAGAAAUUGAUGUGAUUAAUUAUUUACAAGCACUCCAAGAAGAUUUUGAUAGUCUCUUUAAAAAUAUUAAUCAUACGACUGAAUUGACAACAAAGAGGAAAUGGAGCGAUGAUGAUGAUUCUAUAUCUACAGUUGAAAACAACUUACUGAAUAAUCAUGUACAAGGGUUAACGCCAGAUAAAAACGAAACCAAGAAGUCAGUUGAAAAUGAAUAUUUUGUUGCCGUUGACAAAAUUGAGACGGAAGCUUCCCAAUCAACAAUCAAUAUUAUUGAAUCCGAAUCAUCGACAAACUCACCCCCUCCUACAUCACAACAUCUCUUUGUUUCUUAUCAAUCAUCUCCUAUUUCCUUUCGAUCCGAUUCGUUCGAUGAUACUUCUACCUUUUCAACAGCAAACAGUUUCGUUAUUGAUGAAAUAAACCAUUCGGCAGCAACAACGCUAACUUCCUUUAUCGAGGCAAUAGAAUCGACAAUUCUUGAAGCCUAUAAAAGCCUCAGAAGGUCUGUAAAAAUCGUAUUCUUUGCUAAUGGUAGGACUCCAAUACUUUAUUAUGGUUAUACUUCAACAUCAGCCACCAUCACAUAUGAAGAUCAGAAAAUUAAAUACAUGAAAUUUGCUGAUAAUGGAUAUGAAAUUUUGGGUGAAUAUUAUUCAGAGAUUAUAAAUCAUUUUAUUCAUACUUUUUCAAGUUCAAAGGGAGAAAUCGGUGGUAAUUAUGAAAAAAGGUGGAUAGAAAUAGUCGAAUUUAUAGAUAAAGAUAAGGUUUUGGAACUUGCUCGUUUUAAAAAGAGAAAAAUAGAAUAUUGA